CGUGAUCGUAGAGCGAGAGACGGUGGUACCACCAAUGAGGCUGAUGCAGGCUAUUCUGAGAUGAAUCCGGAUGAUCCACCUUACUCUGAGGAUGAGGUGUCUGAUGACAGUUCUCAGACGUCGUCUUUAAACGACGACGUGACGCAGGCUUAAAAAAGAAAAGAGCCACAGCCCCCCCCCGAGCCCGAUCUCCCCUACGAAGAGUUUGACUUAGUUGGCGACGCAUUCGCGCAAUUAUUAAUCGAAAUUACAAAAGCUAGAGCUAAAAACAACGGUAGCGGAGACGAUGCUAAAAAAGAAAGCAAGAGUAGCGUUGAAAAAAUUUCUGAGAACUGUACGAUGGCAACCGUGCGUGAACAUGUAAAAAAAAGAGAAUUUACUAAAAAAAGAGUAAUUUUGUCAUUGGGCACGUAUGAAAUAAAUAAAGGUAGUAUUCGAGAUAGCCAUAUGAGACGCAUACUACGGGAAGUAAUUUUCACUCUGAAGGAGAAAGGCAUUGAAGAUAUUAAGUUGCUUUUUCCCAUGAUUUUUCCAGCUGGAAAAAACAAUCGAGGAGUGACGGCGAAACGUUAUUAUGCUUGGAGGAGGAUCUUUGAGGAGGUUUGUGAUAAUGAAACCGUCACAUUGUGGUGGUCGCCGGCAGCAGUGUUCAUUAGACUGAACAAGCUCGAAGAUGGCAGGUUGAAGUUUCAACCUGACAAAGAUGGCAAGAUUAUUCCGCGAGAUAACAGACUUCAAAAGAAAGGGAGUCGAUACAUGCCUAAUGAAACUGGCGAGAAAGACCUGUUAUUCGAGUUGAAAAAGUGCUACAAUUACAAGUUUAAGCCAAAAAAGUCAGUUUUUAACUCUGAGAAUUUAUGUGUCGAAACAAGCACGAACUUGUCUGCGGAAGUUGUUACUGAGUCGGAUGGUGAUUACUUGGUAACCACCAAAGAGUCGGUUGAAAAAACAAAAGCAAAAAUGCCAGAGAGUAGCCGGCCGUUGGCGCAGAUCAUUGAAGACCUCACCAAGAUGGAAGUUAAGCUGUCACCUGAUUGGCAGAAGAAAGUGAAAAUGGUGUGUAAAGCCUGGAAGAACAAAAAAGGCGAAGCCAUCGAAGAAAGUUCUGGAGAAGAAGGAUCAACGCAAUCGGAUGGGGCAAGAGUCAAUCAAGAAGCAGCUACGGUCAAUCAGGCGGAUGCAGUUCAGAGCAGCCCGCUGGAAAAUGACGUAAUUGAUGAGAAGCGUACGGAUCCAAGUACUGUCGAGCCACUAGUGAGAAGCCAGAUCGAGAACUUUGAAGAAGCGAAGUCUUGUGUGGUGCCAUUAUGGUUCGCUGAUUUAAAAUUGUACGUACAAUUGGAUUCCGGUGCUACACCUAAUAUAAUGUCUGAGUCAUGUGCAAAUAUGUUAAUAAAUAAUUAUAAAGAUAAAAUCGAGUUUAUUCAUUUGAAAAGAGUAUUGCAAUGCAGACUGGCGAACAAUCAAACGGUGAGAACUUGGAAGAAAGCGAUAGUAGUGCCUCUAAAGUUCGGUAAGCACAAGAUUAAGGUGCCAUUUUUCGUGAUGCCUGGUGACAACAAGUUGUUACUGAUUGGUUCCAAAUCACUCGAGAAGCUCGAAAUAACUACAAACAUGAAAACAGGUACUGCUAAAUGUAAGCCCCCAGGUACGAACAGAGCAGAAGAAGUAGCUUUUGUCAAGAGAAGUGAGUACAGGGAGGAGGAUGUUUCUGCAAACCAAAUUCAGAUUGUAGACGAGUACGAACCUGAGUCCAUUGAGAUUGUAUCUCGAGCAGACCUACAUAGCUUUUUUAGAAGAGACGGUAGGCCUAAGGAUGAUGGUCCAGAUAUCUUUGAGAGAAAUCUUAAGAGGUAUUUGGGUGAGGCGGUACGAGAAGGGAGAAUCACGAAAGUUGAGUCGGAAGAGGCGCUGGAGGAGCUACUCCAAUUUAAAGAUGUUUUUAGCCGUUUUCCUGGAAAAUACACUGGGGCAAUGGUCAAAUUAAAGUUCGUUGACCCCAACAAAAUUCCAAACUUCGUAGGCCCAAAGUAUACACCUUCAAACAAGCAGUUAGAAAAAGUUAGGCGUGCAUUAGCUGAUAUGAUCGAGCAGGGAGUAGCAGAGCCGUCUGACACAACUUACAUUAACCCUUUGGUGCCUAACGAGAAGAAGGACGGUAGCGUUAGACUUUGCUUAAACCCAGUAGAGUUAAAUCCUAUACUACAGAUUAAUUAUAAUGAGGCGGGCCUCCUAGAUAGAAUUAUUACUUCAGAUGGAGACGCUCGUUUUUUCACAACGUUGGAUUUUACUACAGCCUUUUGGCAGCUUGUGUUGCACCCAGAGUCGCGCAAGUAUUGUGGUUUCAAGGUCGAUGGCCGAGUAUAUCAAAUGAUUAGGUUGCCAUACGGUCUGAAGAUAUCGUCUGCGGAAUUCGUAAAAGUUAUUAAUUUAAUUAUACCGGAUAUGGAGGGAGUGACAAAAUACGUAGAUGAUUUGCUACUGAGGUCACUCACCUUUCGCGAGAUGCUGAAGUUGAUGAUUUAUAUAUUUGGCAUCUUGCGUGAUAAUGGAUUGAGACUGAAUGCCAACAAGUGUAAGUUCUUUGCAAGCUCCACGGACCAUCUUGGCUUCAACAUUUCAACGAGAAGCAUAAAAAAACAAAAAAAGAAAAUUGAAGGUUACUUGGAGUAUUUGAAAAAGAAAACAAACGUUAGAACUGGUAAAGUAAGAUUAAGAAAUGUACGAGAAGUGUUGGCAUUGAUUGGCUUAACUGGUAUUUAUAGUCGCUUCAUUCCUAAUUACCAAGACAUAGUGAGGCCUCUUUAUGACUUAACUCGAAAAGGUGUACCAUUUAUAUGGGGCACCGCUCAAGAAGAGGCGGUAGACAAAUUAACUGAGGAGUUUACCAAAGAAUUUGAGCUUAUGACACCGGUAGAUGGAGAAGACAUGUACUUGGACACAGUCUCCACUGAGCAUUCGAUCAAUGGUGUUUUGUAUCAAAACAUCAAAGGAGAAGAUAAAAUUGUAAUGUUCGUGAGUAGCGCGUUUAAACAACACCAACAAAAUUACACGUUAAUUGAGCGCGAAAUGUAUGCUUUGGUUCGAGUAAUAAAUAAGCUGCAGUUGUGGCUUCAUGGGAGACGCAUCCAUGUGAGAGGAGACCUCCAGUCAGUCGUGCACAAGUUUACAACUCUGGCUAAGGUGCAUAGAAAGGCGGCUGGCUGGAUAACAGAGUUGAAUUGUUACGAUCUCACGUACGAUUUGAAACACAAAGUACGUGGCCAAUGGUAUGGAAUUCAGGCGCCUGAGUUGACAAUUUAUGACACAAAUUGGUCCAACAUGAUACCGUUAAACGUAUCAUUCGUAGAGUUGGUCAAAGAUGAGAUUUUGGAUCACUUGAGACGCUUGGACAUCUUCCAGAGUCGUGAUAGGAUGUGUACAAAGAUUGUGCGCAAACUGAACGCUCUUGAGCUUGACAUGACUGCAAAGCAGUUAGAGUCGAAGAGAAGAAUUCAGGCGAAGUAUGCAGUGAUCAAAGAGAAGGAUAAAGAGUUGCUCUACAGAAAGUUCAAAGAUGGCUCGAGAAUUCCAGUGAUGCCUGACGAGUUAUUCAGGGAUACCAUUGUAUACCUGCAUGAGAUGUAUGGUCAUAUUGGAGCUCACAAAUUGGAGGCAGUAUUUAAGAGACUUUAUUACUCACCCAAUAUCGUAAAAACUACACGGAUUAUUACAAGUGAGUGUAUUACUUGUCGAAAAACCAAAGGCUAUAGCGAGAAGAAGCGCUUGCAAUUUUCUCAAAUUGAGGCGUUCAACAUAGCGGACGUCAUCUCGGCGGACCUAUGUGGACCAAUCGCGAAUGAGCAAGGAGAACCAAAGUACAUGUUUGUAGCUAAGUGCGUUUUUACUGGCAAAGUUUGGAUAAUUCCAUUGGAGUCGAUUACAGCUGAGACAGUGGUGCACGCGAUGGAGUUAGUACUAGAAGAUAUCGAGAAGCUCGGUCAUAAAGUUCGUAAAGUGAUCACGGACAAUGGCACUCAGUUUAGAAGCGAAAGCUGGAAUGAGAUGCUCAAAGCUAAUGGCGUAAAAGUAGGCCAUACGACGACGUACAAUCCGCAGUCAUCACUGGUUGAGCGCACGAUGCGCAUAAUUGGUGAUAGAUUGCGAGCGAAGUUAAACAAUGAGCCGGAAAAUGAUGAGUAUACUCACCACGGUUGGCAUGUACAUGUUAAGAAAAUUGAGUCGGAGAUAAACAACACCCCUACUGAGUAUGGCAUAAAACCGAAUGAGGUAUGGGGCAUCGAAGAUGAGUUUUCUGCCAACAUGCCAACCAAGUUGGCUAAGUUAAAUUCGAAAUACCUGCUCAAGAAGUUGCAGCAGGAUAUGUUAGAAAAGAAUCCUAAAUCUGUGACUAGCGAGACGCUCAUGGAAAAACCCAUUGAGCUCUCAAACCUGAUAAGAGACGAAGAUGGUUAUUAUUGGGCUGCUGUUGACGGAGCUUGCUCUAACAACGGCUCCAGUGAUGCCAUCGCAGGUAUAGGGGUGGCUUGGACUCCUAAUGGAGAAUUCAACAUUUCUGAAAGAAUUGACCACCCUAGGUACCGAAAUACCAACAAUUUAGCUGAGGCGGUAGCUCUGAGUAAAGCUAUGAAGGUGUUGCUUAAGUUAGGUGCGAGACGCGCGAAAAUUUUUUCUGAUUCGUGCUAUUUAACAACCGCGAUUAAUUAUAACGUUGAGAAGUGGAAAAUCAACAGCUGGAAGAAUGCGAGUCGAAAACCAGUCGUGCACCGCGAAAUUUUUCAAGAAAUUUUAGAAUUGAAAGAAAAAUUUGAGAAGUUUGAAUUAAAGCACACCCCCGCGAGAAGCUUUGAUCGUAAUAAUCAUGCAGCUGAUAAGCUUGCACGUAAGGCAGUGUAUACCCAAGAAUUAGUAGACCUACGAGUUGAUGAAAUGACUGAGCAGCAGGCGUUAAUUUCGUACAUUAGGGAGAGAAGAAAGCUACAGAGAUCUAGAGACGAAGUAGCAUUUUACAAACUUAAGGGUGACCCCAUUUGUUACGAGGAGGGGGAACUAGUUAUGCUCACAGAGCACCGGCAGAGCUCCUACGACAAAGGGGUCUCGAAAAAGCUGUUUCCCAAGCGUUUUGGACCUUACAUGGUCAUGAAACACGUUGGUGAUAACGCGUACCGAGUGAGAAGCAUCGCUAAUGAGUCUGAUGAACAAAUCGUAAAUGCCAGACAAAUGACGAUCUAUUUGAGUUUAGAACAACAAGAGAAGCUCAAAAAUGACCCUAAGUUACAGUCAAAAACCGAUAAUAGGCCCCUAAUUGAGAAAAUAAGAGAAAAAGUAACGCCGAAGGAAAUCGAGAAGUCAGAAAUUGAGGAAGAGGUCGAAGAAGAGGUCACUGACCUUAAAAUACAUGAUCAAGUCGCGGAAAGAGCAGCUAGGCUACUAGCUAGAGAAAUGCGUAAAAAAGAACUCGAAGAGGUUGAGAAAAAUAAAAGUAAGAAACUGCAGGAAUUUCAGAGACUCAAAAAAACAUGCGAGGCGCAAGUUGGAUGAUAAAGAGAAUGAAAAAAUUGAAGACUGUAUAAAAAGAGCGGUAAAUUUGAGUAAAAAGGCUGGAGAAAUUAUUGAAAAUGCGAAAAAGAAAGAUAAAGAGAGAAAACGUACGAAAAUUUUGAAGCCAGGUGAGACGCCACCAGGAUCAGCUGAUCCUGAUUACGUACCUCCAACGAGUAUGAAAAGGCGAAAAAAGAAAACAGCCAAUUUUAUUGCGUUAGAGAAGUUGGAAUCUCACCAUAGAAUAAAUUUCGUCGAGCUGUAUUUAAAUUACGAUGAUAUUGCGAAGUAGAGUCGUUGAUUGAGUAGCUGGAGUUCCAGACAUUGCUCUGCAGUGUCAAAACCUGUAAAUUUUUUUUUUUACCUGUAAACAAUUUAUUUUAUUCAAAAAUUACUCGUGCAAGUGUUUUAAUCGGUUCCAUUACAUCAGUAUUGGGCAAACGAAAGCGAGAGUGUUUUUACCCGAGCAGCCUAUGAGCUAUAGGAAAAGAGUACUGUAAGCGAGUAGGCGGGGGGUGGUUAGACACGCCGCACAACGAGAACGAAGCGAGAACGGCUCUCCGCACCGUGUUACUACGAGCAGCAAACAUUUAUGCGUACUAGCGAGUAGGCGCGGGGUAGAGGUAAACCGAACGCAACGAGAACGAAAAGGAACGGCUCCCCUCGUACCAUUGCAACGAAGCAAAGAGUCGUUUUGCGUGUAAGCGAGUAGGCGGGGAGUGGUUACGAGCCGAAUACGACGAGCCGGUUGCAUUGUAACAGGCAACCAACUGAUAAGAAAAAUAUUUCGAUCGAAUGAAAAGGCAGAUGGUUUGGCUAUUGUGUUUUGCGUUGAGUUGUGAAAUACGUUGAAAUGUGCUUGUCUGUUGAAAUGUGAAUUUUUUUCGUGAUUUUUUGGCAAUUAUUACGGUAAAUUGCGAUCGGUAGUGUAUAAAAAGUAAUUUUUCGUGUUCGUGAUCGUAUUUGCGGUUCGAUUAAGGUAAGAAAUUUUGAAUUACGGUGAUUUUUCGCGAAAUGAGCAGCUUCGUGCAGGUUUGGUGUUGGAAAAUUUUGUAGCAGAAAUGUUCCUGCCGAAAUUUGAGUAAGUCCAAUUUAGAAUAAUAUUAAUACGCGGUUUUCUAUGUUCAUAGCCGAGAAGUAUUGUGUUUCGUACAUCUGGAGUGCGUAGUUAGCCAAAAAUCGUGGAAAUUUCAAAAAUCGAGAAGCUCUCGUCGCGUGUGCUUGCUAAAAGAACAAAACGAGCAGCAACGUGGUCGGAAAUUCCUUUGAGUUGCCAGAAAGUUUUUCUCGAUUAGUAAUUGCGACUUUGGUUGGACGAAGCUUUAAUCGGAAAGCUGAUUAUUGGACGGAGUGUUAUUUUUUUUGAUCGUUUGAUGAGAAUUAUUGACGCUGG